AUGAUCAUGUCUAAUCCAGCUUGUUCCAAUCUCUUCAACAAUGGAUUUGACAAUACAAACUUCAACUAUUCCACUUCUCUCUCUUACAUUUACAACUCUCACAACAGCUUCUAUUACCCUGAUACCACAAACCCUAAUUACAUGGCUCCUAAUACUACUUCCACUCUCCCUAACUCACCUCCACUCAGAGAAGCUCUUCCUCUUCUUAGCUUAAGCCCCAUCAGGCACCAAGAUCAACACUAUUUCAUGGACACAGACCAGAUCAGCUCUUCAAACAUUUGUGAUGAUUCUCAUGAUGUAACUGUGGAUCUUCAUCUAGGGUUACCAAACUCCGGUGUUGGUGAGAGCAUUGGGAGUUAUAUUGCUCAUGGUGCAACCACCGAGGAGCAAGAUCAUGACCAAGGAGUAGAGGUCACAGUUGACUCCCGCCUUCAUGAUGAUGAUGAUCAUGGAGAUCUACAAAGAAAUUAUCACUAUUGGAUCCCUACUCCUGCUCAGAUUUUGAUUGGUCCUACACAGUUCUCUUGUCCUCUCUGCUUCAAGACAUUCAACAGAUACAACAACAUGCAGAUGCACAUGUGGGGACACGGCUCACAAUACAGAAAAGGACCAGAGUCCCUAAGAGGAACCCAACCAACAGGAAUGUUAAGGCUACCAUGUUUCUGUUGUGCACCGGACUGCAAGAACAACAUCAACCACCCACGAGCCAAGCCUCUCAAGGACUUUCGAACCCUCCAAACACAUUACAAGCGCAAACACGGGUCUAGACCUUUUGCUUGUCGCAGGUGUGGCAAGGCAUUCGCAGUGAAAGGAGAUUGGAGAACUCAUGAGAAGAAUUGUGGAAAGCUUUGGUAUUGCUCUUGUGGCUCGGAUUUUAAGCACAAGAGAUCGCUUAAGGACCACGUCAAGGCUUUUGGCAAUGGUCAUGUUCCUUGUGGGAUCGAUAGCUUUGGAGGAGAUCAUGAGGACUACUACGAGGCUGGUUCUGAUAUCGAGCAGCAAGAUGAUUGCAACAACAAUGAAGAGCUCAAGUCUUUGACAAGUCUUCUUAAAUCUGCAUUAGAGCUCCCUCUUGCUUCCGUCGCAGCUCGUGCCUUCUGUCCCAUCUCCUUAGCCCGAGCACGCACCUCGCGUCCGUGCUCACCCAUUGUUUCAGCUACAACCCGACCAAACUCGUGUGGGUCCGGCACAGUCUUCCCUCCUUCACAGACACUAACCGCCACACCCAUAUGCUCCACCAACAACCUCGCAUUCACAAACUGGUCUGCUUCCAUGGGCCAAGCCAAGACCAUUGUUCCGCUAGCCAUCGCUUCAAUCACCGAGUUCCAUCCACAAUGGCUUAAAAACCCUCCAACCGCCACGUGGCUCAACACAGCCACCUGA